UCGGCCUCGCGGUGUCGCCUGGUCGCUGGCCUGGCGAAGCCCCCGGCGCGCGCCUCUCCCGGACCCUGCAGGGUCUGAGAUGACAGCACAUUGUGGCUUUGACCUGCAUCUCCUUUAUUAAAAAGGAUGGUGAACAUUUUUCCAUGAAACCAUCUUCUGGAUAUCCUCUCUGAUUAAAGCAUGUCACAUUUUAGCAUUUGUACCUGAAAUCAGCAUGCAAAUUUCAGGCCACAUGGAUAAGUGCCAACUUUUGCAUUUCCUGUGUGUUUCCUGUGAUCAUUCUAUCUGGGAACAUCCUUCAAAGAGUUCAUGCGUCUCACUGAGGACACCUGACCUUUUGAAGCUUCAUAAUUCACAUCUAGAUGUCACCAGUCUUUCCCAUGUUAACAGUUCUGACUAUGUUUUAUUAUCUAUGCCUUCGGCGUCGAGCCAGGACAGCUACAAGAGGAGAAAUGAUGAACAGCCAUAGAACUAUAGAAUCAAACAGCCGGACUUCCCCUCUCAAUGCAGAGGUGGUCCAGUAUGCCAAAGAAGUAGUGGAUUUCAGUUCCCAUUAUGGAAGUGAGAAUAGUAUGUCCUAUACCAUGUGGAAUUUGGCAGGCAUACCAAAUGUAUUCCCAAGUUCUGGUGACUUCACUCAGACAGCUGUGUUUCGAACCUAUGGAACAUGGUGGGAUCAGUGUCCUAGUGCUUCCUUGCCAUUCAAGAGAACGCCGCCUAAUUUUCAGAGCCAAGACUAUGUGGAACUUACUUUUGAACAACAGGUGUAUCCUACAGCUGUUCAUGUUCUGGAAACCUAUCAUCCUGGAGCAGUCAUUAGAAUUCUAGCUUGUUCUGCAAAUCCCUACUCCCCGAGUCCACCAGCAGAAGUAAGAUGGGAGAUUCUUUGGUCAGAGGGACCUACGAAGGUGAAUGCUUCCCAGGCUCGCCAGUUUAAACCUUGUAUUAAGCAGAUAAAUUUUCCCACAAAUCUUAUACGGCUGGAAGUAAAUAGUUCUCUUCUGGAUUAUUACACUGAAUUAGAUGCAGUUGUACUACAUGGUAUGAAGGACAAGUCAGUGCUUUCUCUCAAGACUUCACUUGUUCACAUGAAUGACUUAGAAGAUGACUAUGAAGAAAAGGAUGCUUGUGGGAUGGACAAUCUUAACAAAAAGUUGAGUAGCGCUGCCCUCAGAGAAGGGCCAAAUAAUGGAUAUUUUGAUAAACUACCCUAUGAGCUCAUUCAGUUGAUUCUGAAUCAUCUUACAUUACCAGACCUGUGUAGAUUAGCACAGACUUGCAAACUACUGAACCAGCAUUGCUGUGAUCCACUACAAUACAUCCAUCUCAAUCUGCAGCCAUACUGGGCCAAGCUAAAUGACACCUCUCUAGAAUUUCUACAGACUCGUUGUACUCUCGUCCAAUGGCUUAAUUUAUCUUGGACUGGCAAUAGGGGCUUCAUCUCUGUUGCAGGAUUUAGCAGGUUUCUGAAGGUUUGUGGCUCUGAAUUAGUGCGCCUGGAGUUAUCUUGCAGCCACUUCCUUAAUGAAACUUGCCUGGAGAUUAUUUCUGAGGUGUGUCCAAAUCUACAGGACUUAAAUCUCUCAUCCUGUGAUAAGCUACCACCUCAAGCUUUCAACCACAUUGCCAAAUUAUGCUGCCUUAAGCGACUUAUUCUCUAUCGAACAAAAGUAGAGCAAACAGCACUGCUCAGCAUUUUGAACUUCUGUUCAGAGCUUCAACACCUCAGUUUGGGUAGUUGUGUAAUGAUUGAAGAUUAUGAUGUGAUAGCUAGCAUGAUAGGAGCCAAGUGUAAAAAACUCCGUACUCUGGAUCUGUGGAGAUGCAAGAAUAUUACUGAGAAUGGGAUAACAGAACUGGCUUCUGGAUGUCCACUUCUGGAGGAACUUGACCUCGGCUGGUGUCCUACACUGCAGAGCAGCACUGGCUGCUUUGCCAGACUGGCACGCCAGCUCCCAAACUUGCAAAAACUCUUUCUUACAGCUAACAGGUCUGUGUGUGAUACAGACAUUGAAGAAUUGGCAUGUAAUUGUACCAAAUUACAGCAACUGGACAUAUUAGGAACAAGAAUGGUAAGUCCGGCAUCCUUAAGAAAACUCCUGGAAUCAUGUAAAGAUCUUUCCUUACUUGAUGUGUCCUUCUGUUCUCAGAUUGAUAAUAGAGCUGUGCUGGAGCUCAAUGUGAACUUUCCAAAAGUAUUCAUAAAAAAGAGCUUCACUCAGUGACUUAAUAUAUGUUCUGUAAUAGAAUUAAUGUGCUUUUGCAAGCUCUUAUUUUGGGGUUGGACUUGUUCAGUCCUAGGAAGACAUUUGUAGAUUUUAAAGAAAUAUAUGAAUUUUUUCAUUGAAUCAAGUAAAAAUGUCAAGAAAUGUUUUCACAAAAUGUUACAAGCACUUUUCUUCAAGAAUGUGUGAGUGGCUGAUAGUAUUUUUACCUUAUGUUAAUCAGUGAUGAUAUGCUUUAGUCAGUAAUUACAUGUUUAGCAAAAAGAGUAAUAUGGAACUGUUUUAACUUAUUUUUAAAGGAACACUGAGCAAUAAACUAUCAUGAUAUUUAUGCAAAAAA